GUGAUCAUUCAAUUGAGAAACAUAGCAGCCAUUCAUCAACCCAAGCAAGAUGAAGACUAUCGCUUUAGUAUUUUUGUGCUUCUAUUCUGCCUUCGCUGAUGUCAAUGAGUUGCUCAUCAAACCAGAACCAUUGGUUGAGCUAGCACUGCAAACCGAAGAAGUUCAGCCCGGCCAGGAACAAGCUGAACUAUCCAAUAGCGUCGUCCCGCUGGAAGAGUCCGUUAAUCAAGAACAAAAAUGUGGAGAAGCUUUGGUUGAAGAGCCGGCUCCUGCCUCACCUCUCGUCUUGCUUAACGAAGCCGUCGAAGUAAUCGAAGCUGUUGAAGCUCUCCCGGUGGCUGUGGCGCAAGUGGAAACCGCCCAACUGACCGCCACCCAUCCAGACUAUCAGGCUCCCUAUGAAUACCAAACGCCAAAGAUUCAACUGGACUACGUUGCACCCGCCGAGCCAGAAGUUGUUACGGAAGCCGUUGUCAUUGUGGAGUUGCCAACGGUGAAGGAAGCCCAGCCACCAGCGGUCCAGAAUGAAUACCUGCCACCACUAACGGUGGCCGAAACUUUGGUUAAGCGACAUGCCAAAUUUGGUCUCAAGCGUAAAGUUUAGGGUGGUUGGUUUGGUUGGACAAUUUACACGGAUUUCCGGAAAUGAUCACUGA